CUUUCCUCCUUCCCCCACGGUGACCCCCCCCUCCCGCCUCCGCGCCGGCUCUCCACCCCUCUGCCCCCGCCUCCGGCAGCCGGGAGUCGCGCGCGGGCCCACGGAGACCAUGUCCUGACUGAAGGAAGAGGGCGGAGGCGGCAGCAGCGGGGCGGGCGGCGGCGCGGAGGGAGGCGGAGAGGGGCCGGGCUCGGCUCGUCGCCGCAGGCUGUUCGGGGAGUCGCCGCCGCCAGGAAUAGCUAUUCAGUCAGACAGAACAGAACCACUUACCACGUUUUGCAGUAUCUCCUGAGGAAGUCAAAAUCUGAGCCACCAUGAAGACUGAAUCUUGUCUUUCGUCUGUUUUAUAAACUGUACUUUUAUUCUAACCAUGUGCAAGGUGGAGGUUAUAGCAUGGAAACUAAAAUCUUACUUCCUGCCUGACAUAACUCACUUCAAGAAGUGCACAAUGUCAGAACGUGGACUUAAAUGGGCUUGUGAAUAUUGUACGUAUGAAAACUGGCCAUCUGCAAUCAAGUGUACUAUGUGUCGUGCCCAAAGACCUAGUGGAACAAUUAUUACAGAGGAUCCAUUUAAAAGUGGGUCAAGUGAUGUUGGCAGAGAUUGGGACCCUUCCAGCACUGAAGGAGGAAGUAGUCCUUUGAUAUGUCCAGACUCAAGUGCAAGACCAAGGGUUAAGUCCUCAUACAGCAUGGAAAAUGCAAAUAAAUGGUCAUGCCACAUGUGCACGUAUUUGAACUGGCCAAGAGCAAUCAGAUGUACCCAGUGCUUAUCCCAGCGUAGGACCAGGAGUCCCACAGAAUCUCCUCAAUCCUCAGGAUCUGGCUCAAGACCAGUUGCUUUUUCUGUUGAUCCUUGCGAGGAAUACAAUGAUAGAAACAAACUGAACACAAGGACCCAGCACUGGACUUGUUCUAUUUGCACAUAUGAAAACUGGGCCAAGGCUAAAAAAUGUGUUGUUUGCGAUCAUCCCAGACCUAAUAAUAUUGAAGCAAUAGAGUUGGCAGAGACUGAUGAGGCUUCUUCAAUAAUAAAUGAGCAAGACAGAGGUCGAUGGAGGGGAAGCUGCAGCAGUGGUAAUAGCCAAAGAAGAUCGCCUCCUGCUAUGAAACGGGACUCUGAAGUGAAAAUGGAUUUUCAGAGGAUUGAAUUGGCUGGUGCUGUUGGCAGCAAGGAGGAACUCGAAGUGGAUUUCAAAAAACUAAAGCAAAUUAAAAACAGGAUGAAAAAGACUGAUUGGCUGUUCCUUAAUGCUUGUGUGGGGGUUGUAGAAGGUGACUUAGCUGCUAUAGAAGCAUACAAGUCAUCAGGAGGAGACAUCGCACGUCAGCUCACCGCAGAUGAAGUGCGCUUGCUGAGCCGUCCUUCGGCUUUUGAUGUCGGCUAUACGCUGGUACAUCUGGCCAUACGUUUCCAGAGGCAGGAUAUGCUAGCAAUAUUGCUUACGGAGGUAAGUAAGCAGGCAGAAACAUGCAUACCAACCCUGGUAUGUAAGGAAGUCACUAUUAAAUACUGGUAUCAAAUUAAUUAUUAAGUUAGGAGACAUAAAAUCUUUUAAGUCUGCUUUUUCUUUGUAGAUAUUGAAGACUUGCCCCCAACAGUCCAAGAAAAAUUAUUUGAUGAGGUGCUUGAUAGAGAUGUUCAAAAAGAGUUAGAAGAAGAAUCUCCAAUAAUAAAUUGGUCCUUGGAAUUGGCUACUCGUUUGGACAGCCGACUGUAUGCACUUUGGAACCGGACUGCAGGAGACUGCUUACUUGAUUCAGUACUACAAGCUACCUGGGGCAUUUAUGACAAGGACUCGGUGCUUCGGAAAGCCCUACACGACAGCCUGCAUGACUGUUCACAUUGGUUUUACACGCGUUGGAAAGACUGGGAGUCGUGGUAUUCUCAGAGCUUUGGUUUACAUUUCUCCUUGAGAGAAGAACAGUGGCAAGAAGACUGGGCAUUUAUACUCUCUCUUGCUAGUCAGCCUGGAGCAAGUUUGGAGCAGACACACAUUUUUGUACUUGCACAUAUUCUUAGACGACCAAUUAUAGUUUAUGGAGUAAAAUACUAUAAAAGUUUCCGGGGAGAAACUUUAGGAUAUACUCGGUUUCAAGGUGUUUAUUUGCCUUUGCUGUGGGAACAGAGUUUUUGUUGGAAAAGUCCGAUUGCUCUGGGCUAUACAAGGGGCCACUUCUCUGCUUUGGUUGCCAUGGAGAAUGAUGGCUAUGGCAGCCGAGGUGCUGGUGCUAACCUGAACACCGAUGACGAUGUCACCAUCACGUUUCUGCCUCUGGUUGACAGCGAGAGGAAGCUGCUCCACGUGCAUUUUCUUUCUGCUCAGGAGCUAGGUAAUGAGGAACAGCAAGAAAAACUGCUCAGGGAGUGGCUGGAUUGCUGCGUGACUGAGGGUGGAGUACUGGUUGCCAUGCAGAAAAGCUCUCGGCGGCGAAACCACCCCCUGGUCACGCAGAUGGUAGAAAAAUGGCUUGACCGCUACCGACAGAUCCGGCCUUGUACAUCCCUGUCCGACGGAGAGGAAGACGAAGAUGAUGAUGAUGAAUGAAAAAAAAAUCAAAGAGCAGGCGGGCAAGGUAUCGGCUCUGUGGUGACCCCAAAGUUAGCAUGGUGCUCCAAGCAGAGUGUAGGGCAGGAACGAACCACAUCUGGCGGGAUCUGCUCGGGGUCACCCGGCCCACAUCAGCAGGAUGCAUCUGCUUGCGUGAGGACACAGAGGGCUUUGUGUGGACUAGUCUGUAAAAACCUAAUUUUAUUAAGACAGAACCUUUUUCCUUUCAAAUUGUAAAUCUGUCUGUAAAUGUAACGCAUGUGGUUGUGUUAAGUUGUGUAAUAGGAAAAGUGUACCAGCAUCUUCAUAUUACUGAGUUUUUCCAGCAUGGCAUCGCCAAAAGCAAAUGGCAGAUGGUUUUGUUCCUUUGAGAUGUUGAAGUAGAACCUAGCAUUCUACUUGCAACGCAAAAGACCCAUCUUACAUCAAGUUUCACUAGAGCUUGUUAGAAAUUUGGAAACGUUUUGUACAAAUUAUCGAUAGCAAAACAUAAAAAUAAAAACAAGCUUUUAUUUUAUUAAUACUUCAGUUCUGUUGUGCCCAAUAAAAUCAAAUCUUUAAGGAACAAACUGCAAGGAAAGAAAGAAUUUUUUAUUGACUGCACUUCAUAUAGACAGCAUUCCCUUGUUGUGGAAAGAGCUUUGGUUUCUAUGGUUUUGUCUUAAGUUUCUGAUUUAGGUAUUUAUUUGUUUGGAAGAGAAUCCUUAAAUUAAAAUGAGGGUUCUUCUAUUAGACUCUGGGCAGCAAUCUCUUGAGGGGUGUUAUUCCCUGGAUGUACAUUAGGGAAGUGCUUGGGGAGCAGGCCCCUCGUAACUGUAACUGAUCAUGUGAAAUUGCUCCCUUGACACAGUUGACAAAGUGAUGUAUUCCCAGACUGCUACGCAGGGGUCCCUGGGUUCUUACUGUCCGUUAUCAGCUCUGCUUUAAGCAAAUCAUGUUAGAAAGACAUGCCUUCGCUCAGGCUAACUGGCAGUCAGUGCAGUACAGAAUAAAGAUUUUAAAAUGCAGUAAGGUGGUAAAUGCAUUGUAUAAUGAAUUUCUCAGUGAGUAGUCUGAGAAGUUUUGCAUGUUGGUUAAUUGUGGCCAUUCUUUAUUUAAAGUUAGAACUAUACUCAUAGGUAGAAAAACUUUCAUGAAGUAUAAUUUGACCACUUCAGGUACAUAUUUAAUAUUGGAUAAAAAUUUCAGCUAUCUCAGGAACACAGACCUAGUAUCCUGAUAAGCACUUUGUAGACACUGUUGAUGUGGCAAGGAAUUUGGAAAAAGACACACGCACACAUACAGCCCUUUCCCGUCCUUUGAUGAAAAUGCUGUGAAAACCGUUAAAUAUUUGCUUCUUGUUUUCUUCUAAGUUUGGUUUAGAUGGUAUUGAAAUGUGUGUAACCUCUAAGUUGAUGCCAGAAUACUGAAGAGAGAAAACUUCCCAAGAGGUGUCUUUGGUUCCCCUCUCUGAAUACUCACUGACAGGUGUUCCCAGGGUGAAAGGGUCACUUUGCUGCUUGCUAAAACUUGAAACAAAAAUAUUUGCAACUUGAUUCCAUAUAAAUGAAUUUUGACAUGAUGGUGAAUAUUCCUGUUCCAAGUGGUCAAUGUUUUCUUAAAUAGUCCCCCUGGUUUGCUUUGUGACCGCUAAUUAGAAGGCUGCCAUUCCGCUGAGCAUAGCCUCUCUACACAUUUUUCUCCAUCCAUACAUAGGAAUACUUCUUUAGUGGGCAGAGAUCCUGUUCUAGUAAAGCAAAAGCUAUGCUCCCAAUUGAAGAAGCCAAAGAGGAAGUUUGGGAAAAGCAUCUAGUCGCUGUGGUCUCCAUUGCAGUCAGUCCCGUCUGUCUGGAAAGUGACAGGCCCAGCAUUUCACCUCUGCGUGUUGUGUCUGCUGAGUAUCGCUUCCUCUUAGGUGCCUCUUUAUUUAUUUAUUUAUGAUCAGCGACCCUGAGCACAUCUAGUUUAACAGGUACAGCGUUCUUCCCUAUGGGAAAGAAUUAUAGAUGAUUACAUUUCCUAGGCUGCAGACAGGGAUGGGGCUUUAAGUGGUUUUCACAGCAGACUGGCUGGUAAAAGCCAAAAUUUUGGGUGAAUCAGCUAUGUUAAGCUCUUGAACUAUUAACAGCCAUAACUGUUGGAGUACACAGCCCUUUCUCAAAGAAUGUGUCUUUUGGUUGACACUGGACAGUAAUACUGUGACUGUAAGAAGUCUUUAUUCUUUUUCUAGGGAAAAACACGGUGUUGUUGAGUUUUCUGUUAAAUGAAACAAAACCCAGGUGUACCAAGGAUUUGGACCUGCCAUGUUUUUGCCUCAGGCGCUCACUGCCCCAGGCACUUAGUCUGUGUCGAGGGAACACUGCUGUUCCUGGGCAGUUGGGGGCCUCAUUUUCAUUGCAGAUGUCACUCAUUGGUGGCCGACUUGACCAGUAGCUAUGAAGCUGAUGUUUAACUACCCUUCUCUUCCCCGGAGUGAUUGAUCGGUCAGUGACCAUGUGGCUCCAUCUCUACCCACAUGAGGUCAUUCCAAUAUAAUAUAAUUUUUCACAGAGUUGGUGGGAUGGGACCACCCCUUAAAAUGGGUGAGGGGGUUGACUUUGAGAUGCCCUGACCUUACUGUCUUUUAAGGGUAAAGAAGGGGGU